AUGAACCAGACAAGCGGAUUAGCCCACAGAAGCAGAAUCAAGAGAAGAGCCUGCGUCACGUGCACAAAGGCAAAGUCCAAGUGCGAGCCGCGGACAGACAACCUGUGCCAGCGCUGUGCCCGGCUGGGGAAGCCGUGCGUCUAUCUGGAUCUGCCCGAGCGGAAGCGGAAGCGCAAGGAUGGCGAUGGGGCGGUUCGAUCCGGGCAGACCAUCGUCACCACAUCCUCCGUCUCCCAGGACGAGAUGACAACGGCAACGGACUCGUCCGCCUCAAAUCAAGAAGCUACCCUUGCCGAAUCCGCAGACGGAAACCCAUCAGAAGACCCCCUGGACCUCGCCAGCGAGGGCUACCACGGCCGCCCGCCCCCGACGACGUCCAUCCUAGAAGGCAUCCCCGACAUCGUCGACCGCGGCUUUCUCACCGCCACCGAGGCAGAAAGCCUCGUCGCCCGCUUCCAGUCCAGCUUCGCGCCCAACUUCCCCUUCGUCGUCCUGGCGGCCCCCUCCUCCCCCUCGCAGAGCGGCAGCAGCAGCAGCGGCAGCGCACACCACCUCCGCAAGCACGAGCCCUUGCUCUUCCUCGCCGUCGUCUCCGCCGUCGUCUCCAGCGCGCAUCCCAUCCGGAAGCUGCUCGCCGACGAAAUCAUGCAGCACGUCACGUCGCGCGUCGUCGCCGGCUCGGAGCGGAACCUGGGCUUGCUGCGCGCGCUGCUUGUGCUGUGCGCCUGGUACAGGUAUCCCGCGCAGAGGGGCAACGUGCAGCUCGUCCUGCUGCUGGACCUGUGCGUGACGAUGGCGUACGAUUUGAACUUGCAUCGGAAGAAGGGGGGGCUGACGACGGAGGAGCAGAGGGCGCUGCUGGGGACGUAUUGGGUUUCUACGAGCUUGUCGAGUGUAGUUGGCAGGCCGACUGCAAUGAAGCGAAGCAAGCGGAUAGACGAAUGCUGCGACAACAUGGCCCGCUCGACGGAAUAUCCCUCCGACAGAUGUAUCCGGCCCAUGAUCCUCACGCAGUCGUUUAUACGCUCCGUCCACGCCAGCUUCCAAGACCUUGAAGAUGACGAAGAAGAAGACGAUGCGCUCCAGCAAGAGUCCCUCAUCAGGGUCAUGGUCGGCGCCAACCUGCGCCAGUAUGCCGCCUUGAAAGCCACGCUGGAUGAAGAAUUAGCAAGGUGCCCAGACCAUACAGCAAACAUCUUCCGCUGCACGACGCACUACAUCAACAUCGCCAUCCGCCUCACGGCCCUCGACGACGAAUCCCUCACCUCCUCCUCCUCCUCCUCCUCCCCCUCCUCAUCGUUCGCAACGUCCCCCUUCCGGACGUCCCUCCUCUGGCACCUCCUCCGCCACAGCAAGGCCCUCAUCGACGCCUACGUCGCCAUCCCCGACGCCCAGCUGGCCCCCGUCACCGUCUUCACGCUCGCCCAGCUCUGCGCCUCGCUCGUCUACCUCCCGCGCUCCGUGUCGGCUCUGCUGAAGCUCAUUGUCAGCAACCACCACCACCAUCACAAUCCCACCACCACCAUCGCCGCCCCUUCUUCAUCGUCAUCGUCAGCUGCUGCUGCUACGAAUCGCAUCAAAAUCAGGGGCGACGCCCUAAGCGAGGCCCAGGCCGUCAUCGACGAGGCAGACUACCUCAACGUCGUCGCCAGGCUGUACGACAAGUUCGGCGUCCUCGUCGAGGGGCUCUCGCCGCAGGAAAAGGGGCUGGACGUGGCGGGCACGCUGUGCUGCCACAUGGGCAUCCUGGCGGGCUGCUACGGGCCCAGGGUCAAGGGCAUUUUGGGGGUCGAUCUCGUGGGGAGGAAUCCGCUGGCGAGUAUGGAUCCUCCUCCUCCCCCUCCUCCUCUUCCCGCGGCUGAUAAUGGUGUUGCGGCUGUUGCUGCUGUUGCGAAUGUCGGUGCAAGUGCUGCGACGACGACGACGAUGCAGCAGCAUGUAGCGGGCCAGAAUGUCGGUGGAGGAGGUGAGUUGAUGGAUGAGCAGAGGGGAUAUGUUCCUGUUUCUGGUGCGUACUACUAUGUUGGUGAUGCGCAGGACGAGGGCUAUUUGUUUAAUGAUGAGAUGUGGUCUUCCGUACUGGAGAGUCUUACCAGCUUUGGAUGA